AUGGCCCCGUCACGGGCACCAUCAACACGCCUGGCAACAACCCUCCUACGCCAAACCACCACCACCACUACCCGCACCCGCACCCGCAUCGCUACCCCCAUCCUCCUCCCCCGCCCCUACCACUCCUACGACCACCCACCACCCCCCGCCACCUUCAACACCGCCGAGCGCGCCAUCCUCUCCUCCGCCUACAACUACGUCCCCGAGCACGGCUUCACCCAGCACGCCCUAGCCCUCGGCGCCCGCGACGCCGGGUACCCGGACAUCAGCACCAACGUCGUGCCCGAGGGCCCGUAUAGCCUGAUCCGGUACCACCUAGCAACAAAGCGGGAGGCGUUGGCGCCACGGGCCAAGGCCAUCUUCGGCAGCGAGGGGGAGGGGGAGGAGCAGGGGGGGCUGUCAAAAGUGCCCGAGAAGGUGGAGAGACUGACGUGGGAACGCCUGUUGUCGAACUCGGAGGUUAAUCAUCGGUGGCAGGAGGCCCUAGCCUUAAUGGCCCAACCCUCCCACAUCCCCUCCUCCCUCCGCGAACUCGCCCUCCUCGCCGACGAGAUCUACUUCCUCUCCGGCGACACAUCAGUCGACCCAUCCUGGUACACGAAGCGCGGCACUCUCUCCGUCAUAUACGCCUCAUCCGAGCUAUUCAUGACCAACGACCGGUCCCCGGGGUACGGCGAGACGCGCGCCUUUUUACAGCGGCGCCUCGACGAGACGAGCACCGUGGGCGGUGCCCUGGGCAGCGUCGCCCAGUGGGUUGGGUUUACGGCGUCGGCGGGCGUGAAUGUGUUGAGGAGUAAGGGUGUUAGAAUAUAA